AUGUUAUCAUGUAUUGGUAAGCGUUCUUCAUCCAAAGAUCGAUAUAAUCAACAUCAAAUAUUUAAAAAUGACGAAGGUAUGAAGAAAUUAGUAUCAGAAGAUGAAGAUGAUCAUAAUAAUAAAACAAAAAAGAACACAAAGAAACAAUCGUCAUCAACUAUUAGUGAACUUGUUCUUCAUUUCAAUAUUUCUCCAAAUGUUAAUCAAAUAAAUCAAUCUUAUUCUCCUAUAGAUUAUUAUCCUAUGAUAUCGAACAGUUUACUUGAAAAUGUUAAUAAUGAAAAAUUAUCUACAAGUCAUGAAUCAUUAUCUGAUUGUUAUUUAAAUCCAUCAACAAUUAUUGAAGUAAGAAAAUUCUUUCAUAUUUCUUAA